GAAGCCAGAGAAAGGGAUCCAGUACCUGAUUGAGAGGGGCUUCCUCUCGGACACCCCGGUGGGGGUGGCCCACUUCAUCCUGGAGAGGAAGGGCUUGAGCCGGCAGAUGAUUGGCGAGUUCCUCGGCAACCGCCAGAAGCAAUUCAACCGCGACGUCCUCGACUGCGUGGUGGAUGAGAUGGACUUCUCUGGGAUGGAGCUGGACGAGGCCUUGCGCAAGUUCCAGUCCCAUAUUCGGGUGCAAGGAGAAGCCCAGAAGGUCGAGCGCUUGAUCGAGGCCUUCAGCCAACGCUACUGCGUGUGUAACGCGGCCCUGCUGCGCCAGUUCCGCAACCCGGACACCAUCUUCAUCCUGGCCUUCGCCAUCAUCCUCCUCAACACCGACAUGUACAGCCCCAGCGUCAAGGCCGAGCGCAAGAUGAAGCUGGAGGACUUCAUCAAGAACCUCCGAGGGGGGGACAACGGGGAGGACAUCCCCCGGGACAUGCUGGUGGGCAUCUACCAGCGCAUCCAGAGCCGGGAGCUGCGCACCAACGAUGACCACGUCUCCCAGGUCCAGGCCGUCGAGCGCAUGAUCGUCGGCAAGAAGCCGGACAUGCUGGUGGGCAUCUACCAGCGCAUCCAGAGCCGGGAGCUGCGCACCAACGAUGACCACGUCUCCCAGGUCCAGGCCGUCGAGCGCAUGAUCGUCGGCAAGAAGCCGGUCCUCUCCCUGCCCCACCGGCGCCUGGUGUGCUGCUGCCAGCUCUACGAGGUCCCCGACCCCAACCGGCCCCAGCGUCUGGGGUUGCACCAGCGCGAGGUCUUCCUCUUCAACGACCUGCUGGUGGUCCUUGGGUCCCUGGUGACGUGGUGGCCCCGGCAGGGGACGAAGAUCUUCCAGAAGAAGAAGAUCCUGGUGACCUACAGCUUCCGCCAGAGCUUUCCCCUCGUUGAGAUGCACAUGCAGCUCUUCCAGAAUGCCUGGUACCCCUCCGUUACGCUGAGGGUCUCUUCCCUUCAGCAGUGCAACACGCGGCCCUUUGAGAGCGAGGAGAAGGACCGGGAGUACAAACCUCACAGCAUCCCGCUGCGCCAGUCCGUCCAGCCCUCCAAGUUCAACAGCUACGGCCGUCGGGCUAAACGCCUGCAGCAGGAGCCGGAGCCGACGGAGGAAGACAUCGAGAAAAACCCGGAGCUGAAGAAGCUGCAGAUCUACGGGGCCGGCCCUAAAAUGUUGGGGUUGGGGCUGGUGGCCAAAGACAAAACCAUGCGUAAGAAAGAUAAAGAUGGUCCUGAGUGUCCCCCCACGGUGGUGGUGAAGGAGGAACCGGCGGGACCCGAGGCCAAGCUGGUAGAGAAAGAAUUUUGGCGACUGGUGAACAGCAUCGAGGAGGACGUGACGGUGGAGUACGGUGCCGACAUUCACUCCAAGGAAUUCGGCAGCGGUUUCCCCAUCAGCGACGGCAAAAGGAAACUCUCACCGGAGGAGGAGGAGUACGCCGGCAGCGGUUGGAACCUGAACGUGAUGCCGGUGUUGAAACAAUCGGUGCUGUGUCACAUCAACGCCGAUAUUUCGGGGAUGAAGGUGCCCUGGCUCUACGUGGGGAUGGUCUUCUCCGCCUUCUGCUGGCAUAUCGAGGACCAUUGGAGCUACUCCAUCAACUACCUCCACUGGGGCGAGCCCAAAACGUGGUAUGGGGUUCCCUCCUUCGCGGCGGAGCACCUGGAAGAGGUGAUGAAGAAGCUGACGCCGGAGCUCUUCGAAAGCCAGCCCGACCUCCUCCACCAACUCGUCACCCUCAUGAACCCCAACACCCUCAUGGCCCACGGUGUCCCCGUCGUACGGACCAACCAAUGCGCCGGCGAAUUCGUCAUCACCUUCCCCCGGGCGUACCACAGCGGUUUCAACCAGGGUUACAACUUCGCCGAGGCCGUCAACUUCUGCACUGCUGACUGG